AUGGCCAAGAAGGGCAAGAAGACGUCGAAUGCCGGACGCGCUGCAGACACCACGCAGUCGUCGGAUGGCGGCAAUAAUGGGUUAAAGAGGAUAGCAAGACUCUUCACUACUAUGCAGGAGAAAGGUGCGGCCUGGUAUGGUCGAGAACGCGAGGGAAUCGCUCUGAUCGAAGGGUUCCAGUCGGCACUACUGGCGAUUCGAGCGGCUCAAGCGGCGGUGGCAAUUGAUACAGCGCCGGAGAAAGGAAAGAAGGAGAGUGUGGUGCUGUCUGGACUUGCUGGCAAUGCGGAGAUGGAUCCAUGGCUAGCAGAGGAUCUGUAUCAACAGGUGCAGGAACUGUCUGGAGGGUUCGAGAAGCUCCUAGAGGAAAUGUGUACACUACAAGCUGAAGCGAGAGACAUCGUGCUGAGGGAUGAUGAUGAAGGAGAGCAGCAAGUCUCCGCGACGGAUCUGAGGCCAGUAGACUAUUUCCAGAUGAUAAGUCAGGAGCUGGCGACGUUCGAAGCCGAGUACCAACACAUCGAAGCGCUGUUGCAACUCAUUUCGUUCGAGACGUCCACGGACGAGUUGCGUACGCUUGUUAUCUCCUGGAGCACGUCGCCGUUCCUCGAUCCCGCACAGACUCGCAGUUUCCUCCAGAGACAUCAACUUUCCCACACGGCAAAUUGA